ACGACUGCGUUUUUACUCCGCGCUUAGAUUCUGCUGAACAAAGGCUUGACAAGUAACUUUCCUCCUGUUGGGCCAAAUGGGCAAAACGAAGGAAAUGAACGGCCACGCCGGUGGGCAGGAGGAAUUCGCCGUGUCAGCGACCAUCCAAGUUGAAGAGAAAGACAGCGGGCGGCCGACGCGGAACAAGUUAGUGGGCUUCUUACGGAGAAACAAGCUGGUGAUCCUGACGGUGUCCGGAGUGCUGGUAGGCGUGGGUAUCGGGCUGGCCGUGCGGAGGAUGGAGCUGAGCCGGGCGCAUAUGAUCUACUUUGCCUUCCCCGGAGAGAUGCUCUUAAGGAUGCUGAAAAUGAUCAUCCUGCCCCUAGUGGUGUGCAGCUUGGUCUCGGGGGCUGCCAGCCUUGAUACCAGGUCCCUGGGAAAGUUAGGAGGCAUAGCCGUGGCGUACUUUCUAGUGACCACACUGAUAGCGUCUGGCAUUGCCGUCGCCCUCGCCUUCAUCAUCAAGCCAGGAGUGGGCGCAGGGAGGCUGAACACCAACAGCCUGGGGCUGAGCGACACUGUCAACACUGACAAGGAGACUGUCGACUCCUUCCUGGACCUGGCAAGGAACUUAUUUCCCGCAAACCUUGUUGCUGCAGCCUUUAGAUCGUACGUAACGGAGUACAAGACCAUUCCUACAGGAAAUAUCACUGAAGGAAAUGCCACUUUUCUAAAGAUUCCAGUUGGCACGGAAGCUGAGGGCAUGAACAUCUUGGGUCUGGUUCUCUUUGCCAUUAUAUUUGGAAUAGCUCUGCGAAAGCUUGGAUCUGAAGGGGAAGAAUUAAUCCGGUUUUUCAAUUCUUUUAAUGAAGCAACAAUGGUCAUUGUAACGUGGAUUAUGUGGUAUAUUCCUAUUGGAAUCACGUUCCUGGUAGCAAGCAAAAUUGUAGAAAUGGAAGACAUUGUUCUCCUCGUCACCAGUCUUGGAAAAUAUAUACUUGCAUCGAUUCUUGGGCACAUAAUACAUGGUGGAAUAGUCCUGCCUCUUAUCUACUUUGGACUCACCCGAAAAAACCCUUUCAGUUUUCUCUCAGGCCUGAUUACUCCCUUUGCAACUGCUUUUGCCACCUGCUCCAGCUCUGCUACUUUGCCCUCUAUGAUCAAGUGCAUUGAAGAAAACAACGGUGUCGAUAAAAGAAUCAGCAGGUUCAUUUUACCUAUUGGAGCAACUGUAAACAUGGACGGGGCGGCGAUCUUCCAGUGCAUCGCUGCAGUUUUCAUUGCCCAGUUAAAUGAAGUUGAACUAAAUGCAGGACAGAUCUUCACUAUUCUUGUUACUGCAACCGCCUCAAGUGUUGGAGCUGCAGGAGUCCCUGCUGGAGGAAUCAUCACCAUUGCAAUUAUCCUAGAAGCCAUCGGCCUCCCAACAAACGACUUGUCACUCAUGCUCGCAGUCGACUGGAUUGUGGAUCGAACCACCACUGUUGUGAAUGUUGAAGGUGAUGCACUUGGUGCCGGUAUUCUCCAUCAUAUUAACCAGAAAGCAAUGAAGAAGGAACAACUCCAUUUGGAAGAUGUGAGGGUGGAAGCUAUACCCAACAAUAAAGCAGAAGAAGAGACAUCUCCACUAGUCAUGCAUAGGAGCACAGCCAUUGCACCUACCGGGUCGGAGGACUCUGACGCUAAAGAGUCAAGUCUAUGAUGUGAAGGGACCAGCCACAUUAUAAGCUCAUUUUCGUAUUGUUGUCUAGUAUACAAGUCACACUGUUUUGUUCAACUUUAUGUCUCUGAACACCCAGGUAACUAAAACAAACGUCACUACUAACGUCCAUGUAGCCUUAACUGUGAAAGCAGACCAAACUGAGCCACAAUAGGCACAAUAUGGGCCUUUUCUUUGUGUGUUACAUAUGUGCCAGUGUGUCAGAGCAAAUCAGGAUCAAAGGGUUCUGGGCCAUCGUGAGUAACCCUUUGUCAGCAUCUGGUUUGGAAAACAAAAAAUAAGUAAAGGACAUAACUUAUUAGACAUGCUUGGCAUAAUUCUGUAAAAUAAAGGGAACUCAGUGCAUCCCAUAUUAUCUAGCGUAGAACUGUAGGGCACAAGACGUUUUUCCGUUAAUAAUAACAUUCUUAAAUAAAUAUUGGAAUAUUUUGUAACACAGUUAUACAAUGUAUAUUUAAUCAUGUUAUUCACUGUAGCCAUUAAUUUGUUGUCAGUACAAUGUUUUGUCCUUCGAGCUUAUUGUUCAAUGAAAAAUCUGUUAAAGAUUAGUAGGGACCACAUUCUUUACUUUAUCAAGCACCAUUCAUAGCUUAAGCCGUCACCAGGUGCUUCAACUGAGGAAAGGGACACAUUUGAAAGUAAACACUUGUCACAAACAUGUUACACAUAAAGUAGAUGAAAAUAAGUAAAGAAGAGCUGAGCAAUACAUUGGAGCUGAUGAACAGGCUGAGAGAGUACAGCUGUUACAGAAGUAGACAGAAGUGCAAGAGAGAAGAGCAAGGCCUUAAAGUCUUUAGAUCUUGAAGAGUCCACCGGUGUCGCUUCAUUCCAGACGGUAGGAGCCACAAAACUAAAUGAGUAUUCAUCGAGAGCUGAAAAGUGAGUCCUUAGAAGUUUGAUUAUCAAAGUUGCUCUUGCCUUUACUGUAUAAAUCAAAGGAUUAUAAGAAUUUCAUAAAAGUUUUUUGAGUAUAAGCUAUUCAUGUAUAUUAUGUGAAACACAACACAUCCAGAUUUUUGCAAGACAAGAGGUGAAGGUCCAUCAUGGAGCUUCUUUAAACUACACCACUAGUCCUCUUGUCCCAUUUACCUGCAGUACAAAUAUGUAAACAUUUUGUAAGAUUUACUUUCAAACAAUUUUUAUUUCCUCCAACCAUUGUGUUCAUGUUGAAGAAAAGAUUCAGAAAUAAUAGAUGGCAUAAGCCUUAUUUACUCCCUUCCUAAUUUUAAGCACUGCUAUUAUAAUUUGCCUUUAUUUACAUUAACUUAAAAUUACAAAAUUUAACUGCUUCAGGUUUUCCUUCAGAUUCAUACCAUGUAGCCCUGAAACCAGUCUUCAGGAAUUCCCCCAACUUCAUUUAAAAAAUGGAUGGUGAAACAGAUCACAGUAUUUAAGAUGUGGCCCCAUAAGAGCACGUUUACCAUCUUCCUCAAUUUGUACUCCAUAACCCAACACCCUAUUAUCUUUAACAAUGACUUCUGUAUACUAUCUGGUGGUUCUUAGUGAUGUAUCCACUAGACUUUUCCCAACAUAUAACUUCUUCACCUCUCCUACCUUCUGAAUUCCCAGGCACUCCUUAUCAAAAGCCAGGCUGACGACAUUUUCAUUUUAAUUGGUCCCAAUUGUUCAUGAUGCCUGGCAAGGCACAGAUGGAGCUGUAAUAUCCUCUGUAUUUAAAACUUAUCACAAAUAGUCAGAGAUGACACUUGCUUUUGCAAUGUGUCAAAACUCUGAUUUUCAUUUAUUGUUUAUACAAAAUAAUGCUGAUGACAUUACAGACCAGUGUGUGCGUGCACACUGAAAAGGAAGAAAACAGAAGUUGGAUGGUAAGAUCCAAGUUUGACUAGUAAUACUUGCUGACCAUGGUGCCAGGAGUGGGUACUUAAUGUUGGUCAGAUAUGCAAAUAAGAAUUCCACUGUACUCUGAAUAUGUGACAAAAACAUUUAAACUGCUAAACAUGACUCAGAUGACAGUAUCAAUAAUGAAUUUAUCUGCUGUUCUGUUCCUUUACUAAAAAAAAAAUGUUUAAUUUAUUAUCUGAUACUAAGACCACUAUAGUUGUUAUAUUUUAGAUGGAAAAGAACCAGAAGCAGACCCUGGAUGUGCUAGAGGGAUUAAAUGAUUUUAGGGUUAUAUUUCUUGACUAGUUUAAGAGCAUCUGGGCAAUCCUAAGGACAGAGCUGCUUGGGAUUGUGUAGCCUGGUCAGUUGUAGUUGUACUCAACACGUUGUGUGAAAAUGAAUGAGUGAAUGAAUAUAAAAGCAGCAGCCCUGUAUAGUGGAUACACUGUAGCUGUGCUCUUCCAAUAUUUUACUUUAGGGAGAGUGUUUACAAGAAUCAGUUGUUGAUCCAUACAGUUUCUGUUGGGUAUUGUUGUGCUGUGCAUGAAUUGAAAUGAAUGAAUUGGCUUAUAUACAGUAUACACUGUAUGUAUGUAUAUUUAUAUAUAGAGAGAGAGAUGUAUACUAUGAGGUACAGUAGUGGGAGGAUGCAUAUCCACAUGUCAUUUCAUUCUUCUAAAUUAUUGACAUAAGGAGAGAUUGACAAAAGGUGCAUUUCACAUGUAGAUAAAGGAUUUAAUAUUAACUACUGUCAUUGUCCAUUCAUUUACUAGUGCUACUAGUGCAAUCAUAUAGAUAGAUAGAUAGAUAGAUAGAUAGAUAGAUAGAUAGAUAGAUAGAUAGAUAGAUAGAUAGAUAGAUAGAUAGAUAGAUAGAUAGAUAGAUAGAUAGAUAGAUAGAUAGAUAGAUAGAUAGAUAGAUACUUUAUUAAUCCCAAUGGGAAAUUCACAUACUCCAGCAGCAGCAUACUGAUACAAUAAAUAAUAUUAAAUUAAAGAUUGAUAAUAAUGCAGGUGAAACACAGACAAUAACUUUGUAUAAUGUUAAAUGUUAACUUUUACCCCCCGGGGUGGAAUUGAAGAGUCGCAUAGUUUGGGGGAGGAACGAUCUCCUCAAUCUGUCAGUGGAGCAGGACAGUGACAGCAGUCUGUCGCUGAAGCUGCUCUUCUGUCUGGAGAUGAUACUAUUAAGUGGAUGCAGUGGAUUCUCCAUAAUUGACAGGAGCCUGCUGAGCGCCCUUCGCUCUGCCACAGAUGUCAAACUGUCCAGCUCCCUGCCAACAAUAUAGCCUGCCUUCCUCACCAGUUUGUCCAGGCGUGAGGCGUCCUUCUUCUUAAUGCUGCCUCCCCAGCACACCACCGCGUAGAAGAGGGCGCUCGCCACAACUAUGUAAAUAUAAAUUGUCCAUUUGUGUUCUGCAGUUAUGGCCAACAUGCAUCUUUUCAGAUUCUGUUUGAUCUGUAAUUCUGAUGAAAUGUUUGUCAAAUAUUGAUAGUGCAUUAUGCCAUUCAAAAUCGCUCUUGUGACGUUGGGCUGUGUGUUGGUGACUGUUCCAAAACAUAUCACACAAAAGAUGUCUACUGAAGCUGCAUUAGUACAGCAGUGGACACUAGACAUACCUCUCCUACUUUAUUUAUGUUGACGUAUUUAGUAAUUCCAUUUUCCUGUUACACAUAAUAACAUAUUAUGGUGUGGAAAAAAAUAAAAUAUUUUUAGGUCAUUUUUCCAGGGGGAAAACAUUAACGCUAAGGAGGCCACUGUUCCCAUUUUUGGCUUGAGAUGUUAUCACUGUGUGACUAAACCUUACCAUAACAGUUGUCUAAAAUUCAAUUAGUCAAGGCAUACAACACUCCAUUAAAUAUAAUUCAAGCAGAGAUGGCCUGAUAUAAAGAAUACAAGUAAUACAAAUCAAAAUGAAGUCAACACUAGAAAGUCAGGCAAAGGAUUUCAUUUAAAGAAAAGUUAUAUAAAAAAUAAGUUAAAUUUCCAUUGAUGCAUGAAUUAUACAUAAUUGAAUCUGUUUUGUCAAACGUAAACACAUUUUAUACUUUGCCUUCUAAAAUCUUGAAAGCUGAAGUUGGGUAGAAUACUCAGUUUUCUCACUGCUCUAGUAUCCUGAGUUCAGGUCCUGACUAGGACGCAGUCCGUGUCGAUUUUGCACAUUCUACCCAGGCUUCAGUUCUCCUCAUACAUUCCAAAGAUGUACAGCUGGUGUUAACUGACAACUACCCAUUGGCAUGUAUAAGUGAUGGCAUCCUGUGAUGGACUGGCAUCCCAUCCAGGGUUGCUUGCUGACCUAGCACCUGAUGCAGCUGAGAUUAAAUGUGGUUCCUCCCAAUCUUAAAACUGGAUUAAGCAAAAUCAGUAAGUGAGUAGACGGGGAGAAAUCCAGGGACAGUAAAUUAUUAAUUUUUUCAAAGAAUAAAUGUCACCUAGGUACUGGCUUGCAUUUCAGUUUUUUAUUUAAAAGUGUAAAGACUCUACUUCACUUAUUGAUUACUGAGUUCUCUUUUGACUCCCAUCUGUGCUUUCUCUCAUUCUGCUGUCGACAAGGCCUUUGCCUGCUCCCUUUGCUCCUAUUUUGCUUCACUCACUAACUCUCAGCAUUUUUCUGAGUGGCUCACUUCUUGAGUCCUGGUCCUCUUAAAUAAAUGUCACUGGUGGUCUUUAUUUCCACUCAUUCCAGAUUUUUUUACACUCAUAUACUGCCAGGCAGUUGGGCAUGGAAGAAAAGAGCACGGGGUGCUUACUUAAUCCUCGGUGGCAUUACAAUAAUUUCACUCCUGGCUCGCUUUCCAGACUUCAGUUAUAUUUAUCAUUAGUUCAGAAUCAACAUUUAAACAACUUUGGGAAACUAAGUUAUGAUGUGAAACUAAGAAGAAUGUGGUUUUUUUUUUGCUUAUUUUACAAUCAGUGAUGAAGAAUUCUUACUGGACAGGGGGGUAUAGUAACACCAAAUUCUGCUUCAUGAUCUCAGUCCAGAGAAGUGCGAAGACAGAGAAGAUGUGAGAAAAAUGUGUUUAUGAAAAUAUUAAUGUGAAUGAGCCAUUUAAGUGUAAUUUUCAGUCAUUCAUGAAAUUGUAAACAAAUAAUUGUGCUGCUUUCUAAUUCAUAUAGGUGAAUGUUCUGUGUAAAUGUGAAGGAAAUUUAAAAUAUGCCUUCUUUAUUUUGAACGAUUUCUUUUGCCAUUUUCUCUUUUAUGAGGAUAUGAAGACUCUCUUACCUUCUAAGACUGUGUGAUGCUUGUUUGGCUCCAGAUCGCUCCUCUUUGUACCACUCUUCCUAAUUUUUUUUCUUCUGUUUCUGUAAUCAAUAAACACACACUGCUGU